GAGCUCUCUCUGCUCGCUUAUCCCUCUCAUCAAUAAUGAUGAUUGAAAAGGUUUAUUCUGUGUUUCUUUGCUUCUUCUUGAUCUCAGUCCUUUUCUUCCCAUUAGCAGCAGCUGGAAGAGUACUACUAGGUACCCCUCAAAAGGGGGAUGAGGGUGGAGACCAUAGCAAUGGGAGGAGUAAAAUUCACGUAAAGCCCAGUCACUCGGGGCAAGCCGGCUCCGCCCUUGGCCACUCAUCUCCCUCCCACGCAACCCCCUCCGGGGUACAUACUGGUGCGCAUGCAGUUACUGCCACAGCCAACACGGCCAACAGGGCUGCACAGGUCGCACCAUGUGGUAGCAGUGCUGGGCAACCGUUCGGAGCUAAUUGUGUAAAACAGCGUCAGCCGGAACGUUCAUGCGGCGAAACUAAUCGCGACUGCAUAAGAAGCUGACGAAGUGGAAGCAUAGUGGACAAUUUACAAAAGAGAAAAUAAUAAUUAUUUUGUAGUAUAUGAGGUGAUGAAUGACCAUCACAUUGAAUUUGAUUAAAUAAAGUAGUGAAUUAAAGAUGAAUUACAGCCUUCCAUUUACUCAUCUCAAACAGGAGGAUUAAAUGAAUUAAGGCAUUUGUAAAGCAUAUGAUAUGCUUAUAAUACAAAUCCAAGUGAAAAAGAAAAAAAAGCUACAGUUAUUUCUUCGAUA